CAACUUAAACAAAGAGUUUUCUUAUUUCGUUAUUAAUUUUUCUUCUUGUUGUAGUCCGAACCCAGUUUGUCAAACCCUUCGUCGCCUCAAACUCUCUCUCAAUCUCUAGACAUGGUGGCCUCGUCCUCAUCGUUGUCCGUGUACUCCUCGGACUCCUCGUCGUCUUCGUCUGCGUCUCGCCGCCGACAUCGUCGCCACCAACGUAGUCGCCGAGGCAAAGACAAAGAUAAAGACAGAGAUGCCCUGAAGAUCCGUAAAAAGACCAUUCGCUCCCACACUAAACGACGUCGCAGACACCGCCACCACUCCUCGUCUGAUUCUUACUCUUCCUCCUCUCCUUCGGACUAUUCCAGUGAUAGUUCUUCGGACAGUGAGCGUGAAACAUCUAGUCAGUCAAAGAAGCGCAAGAAGAGUGACAGACAGAAGAAGAGCAAGGAAAAGGACCAGAGCAAGAGUCAUCGCCGUAAACAUCAUAGGAGUAAACUCAAAGAGAAGCAGCAGAAUGAGAGAAAUAGCAGCCCUGUUCAGCUUUCCAAGUUCUUAGGGCGUGACAAAGAUGAUGGAGUUCGUCGUAGUGCUGUCUCUGGCAAAAAGAUUCUAUUGAAACUUGAGAAGACAAAGGAGGACAAAGCGGCUGAAAACAAAAGGAAUGAACUGCUGAAGUUCUUAAAUGCUAGUUUUGAUUGAUGUUGUGGAGUCCAUGGAAUCAACAAGUGAAUGAAGGAAUUGAGUUGAGUUCCAGCUGCUUGCUUAUCUUAAAGAUUUUGAAGGAUUUUCCAUGAGGUCCAAGUUUAGUGUGGAGUCACAUUUUAUACUUGUGUUUCUGUUACCGGUGAUGAAUUUAAAACAUUGUUAAAUUAGAGUCAUGGGCUAAUUACCUUUGAUUUGGGCGUUGUAUUUUAUUGAAUUGGUACUGCCAUUGCAUAUUAACUUAUAUCAAGGAUUCACCAUUAAGUUUUUAAGAUGGUCAGUA